AUGAACGAUUUUUUGAAAAACUUCGUUGAAGACCUGGAAGAAAUAAUCAAUAAUCAAAAAUCUCUUGUCGAUUCUCUCAAAAUCAAAUACAGCGGACUUGAGGAAAACUAUAAAAAGGAAAAGUUGGACCUUGUGAUUUACCAGAUAUUCAAGUGUCUGGAAUCGAGAAAAGAACUUCUUCAAGUCAAAAGACUAUCGAUCGAUGCAGUUCAUAUGAGUCAGGCAAUGGCAGUCGUCAAGUUAUUGGAUCCAUCGGUUUUGAAGAAAGUCGAGUUUGGUUUUGAAAAUAGAGAUGAGGAUAUCGAUAUAGAGGGUGCUCUGGCUUUGGUAGAAUGGAAUGAAGGACAACGGAUGAAAUUGGUUUUCAAGUUACACACCAUGCGCCCAGAAUAUUUGGAAUCGGUGGAAAAAUUUUUUCUACAUCGACCAACAUUCACUGAGAUCUUCAUUUAUUACAAACACUGUGUCCAUGAUAAUGCGAGUUUAAAAGCAAUUAUUGGUUUUCCAAUGCAACAUGAAUCUCCCGACUCGACGGAGAAGUUUAUCAAGUUCCGACUGUCACAUAGACUUUUGUUGUCUGCUGGUUUUGUGAAGUUAACUUUGAGCAACGAUUUAUCUGCAAAAAUACUGGGGAACCCAUUGAUUAUGAAACGUGUCAUUCGAUCGCUCGGGUAUUGGAAUGUCCAACGACUCCGUAAAACGUCUCGUGGAAUCAGAGACUGCGUUGACUUCCUCAAACCCGUUACCAACAUUGAUGAAUAUAAUGUUUUUUUCUUAAGUGAUACUCAUCCAAGUGCACGUAUUGAAACUGGACGUUACUGGUCAAAAAACUGGAUUUAUGGGAAAUAUGAAACUUCUGAGGACAGGAAUGUAUUGUGUCAGAAGGCACAAGAUCAAGUUUUGCAUGAUUUCGAGGUCAACUUGGGUCGUCAGAAUACGUGUUUAGAAGAGUUGAAAUUCAUAUUCUCGUAUAUUGACACUCUUGAAAAGGAGGAAAAUCCGAACCCAAGCAUUGAAGAAUUUCAGCGUCUUAAUCAACUUACCAUUCAAUUUUUGGGGAAACUUAGAGAAAUGUUAUCAAGAAGAAGUCAGUUACUAAAAGUGAAAGUGUUGGAAUUGUUAUGUUGUACGGACGACAAUUUGAUGCAAAUUCUCCCGUACCUUGACCCAAAUUGCUUGAAAAAAAUUGAACUGAACGAUCCGCGAUCGGAAUAUGAAAGACUCAGGGUUAAGUAUCCAGAGUCCAUGUUGAAACCGUUUGUAUUGGACGAGAUAUGUCAACUGGAACAGUGGAAGAGUGCGACAGAACUGAAGAUUCAAUCACAGCCAAUAUUCACUUCAAUUCAAGAAAUGAAUAUUACUCAUUUUUCCAGAAUUUGGAUAGAAGUGGAUACAAUCAGUUCAGAAGAUGUGUUAUAUCUCAAAGAACAUCUUCUACUAUCGACCAGUUUCCAAAGAUUCAUUAUUGACUUCAAAAACACGACAAUUGACUACGAAACUCUUGAUGGACUAAUUGGGCCACCGCAUCGAAUCUUCAGUGACACUUCUCGUAUCUGGUUUUUCCAAAUGGAAGUGAAUCAUCAAUUUUUGAAAAACAUGAAUACUUUCAACUUGGGUCGUCAGAAUACGUGUUUAGAAGAGUUGAAAUUCAUAUUCUCGUAUAUUCACACUCUUGAAAAGGAGGAAAAUCCGAACCCAAGCAUUGAAAAAUUCGAGCGUCUUAAUCAACUUACCAUUCAAUUUUUGUGGAAACUUAGAGAAAUUCUAUCAAGAAGAAGUCAGUUACUAAAAGUGAAAGUGUUGAAAGUGUUAUGUUGUACUGACGACAAUUUGAUGCAAAUCCUUCCGUAUCUUAACCCAAAUUGCUUGAAAAAAAUAGAAAUUAAUGAUCCGAGAUCAGAAUAUGGAAGACUCGGUGACGACAGGGUUAAGUAUCCAGAGUCCAUGUUGAAACCGUUUGUAUUGGACGAGAUAUGUCAACUGGAACAGUGGAAGAGUGCGACGGAACUGAAGAUUCGAUCACAGCCGAUAUCCACUUCAAUUCAAGAAAUGAAUAUUACUCAAAAAUUUGGAUAG